UCUGCGGGUGUAGUAUCGGUACGUUUAGUAAACCGUCAUGGCGAAGAAGAAGGCUGGGCGUAUCGCCAUCAAACUGCUGAGCACGGCAGGGACCGGCUUCUUCUAUACCGCCUCGAAAAACGUGCGAAAGGCCACCGACAAGCUGGCCCUCCGAAAGUACGACCCUGUUGUACGACAACAUGUCGUUUUCACCGAAACGAAGAUCAAGUGAGCCGCCCCGGCCCGUCCGAGCAUUUUGCUUGAGGUCAACCCGUUCUUCCCACAUGAAGCGGCAUCAAAUGGAGCUCUAAGACGGAGGGAGGUCACCUCUCACCAAACCUGUGAUACGUGGGUUUGUCAUCGAUGACAUCGCGGGCGUCUAACAUCGGCUUUUUUGCUCUUCGACCUGGCGUUUCACAGACUGAAGUCGACGCGGUGCGCAUGUAUGUGGGGUAUCACGCGCAAAACGCUGUUUCAUCCUUGGUGUUUUAGGUUGGGACGGUGUGCUCGCACGUUGUACUGUUGGUAGGAACUGGCGAUGUGACAGGCUAACAUGCAGAGACAUCAAGCUAGACAAGUCUGAUGUACUGGCGUUACGGGGCAGAGUAGCAAGCGGUGACCGAGCAAUCACGGUUUUACACAUGAGGAUCCAUUAUCGGUAGGAUGGCAUUUUCCGUAUCACGUGAAGUUGUGCCUUGCCGUCGAAUUAGAUAUGGCGUCGUGCUGCUGUUGGUGAUAUCCCGAGCGUGAAUUGUCAGUGCUGGGAGGUGCAUCGCUUCUCUCGUUUCUAGUGUUACCUGAUGCUCAGUAGGCUCAAUAGAGCCUAUAUGGACCCAAUCGGCUGUGCAAAUGGUCUGUUCCACGUUUGUUUGUUUUUUUGUGCGAACAGAGGGUGUUGAGGUGGGCGGGCAAAAACGGGAGGAGCGUAGUGUUUUCAUUUUGGAUCAAAACGGUGUUACGCGUUUGGGGCUGAGUGUGUGAACCACAAGAAUCAUUUUGUUUGCUGUUCAAGGUCGGUCCUUGGGCGCCUAGUCGCUUCCCGCGUUUUGGGGGUAGGAUCAUCGCCUGUGUGACGAGGGCAUUAAGGUGUUGCUGUGUAUGAAGUUGAUUUCACGGUGCCGAACAUAGUAAUUAAAAAUCGUCCUCGGUGCGUUGAGGGAUGCAACGGAAAAAAAAGAAACCACGGUGAUGUCGCAUUGUCAAGUACAGCAUUGGUUGACGGUAAAGGGUAUCAUUGCCGGGGUCCCCUGUGGGACCUCGUCCAGACUCUCCCAGGGUUGCUACCAUGUCGUAUUCACCGAUGCCAUCAGGGGUGAAAAGAAAAAAGUGUGACCUUUAUCUCUCUUUUGGGCAGGUGGGUACACCUUGUAGCUGGCCACCUUCUGUGGACACCACGCUGCCAGGGCC